CCUGCCCGGAGGCGGAAGCGGAAGCGCGGGUCUCCCGGGAGCGAUGGCAGCCGGGGGUCCCAGCCGCUCGGAGCGCAAGGCGGCGGAGCGGGUCCGGAGGCUGAGGGAGGAGCAGCAGCGGGAGCGCCUCCGCCAGGUGUCGCGCAUCCUGAGGAAGGCGGCGGCCGAGCGCAGCGCCGAGGAGGGCCGGCUCCUGGCCGAGAGCGAGGACCUGGUGACCGAGCUGCAGGGCCGGAGCAGGCGGCGCGAGGGCCUGAAGCGGCGGCAGGAGGAGGUGUGCGACGACCCGGAGGAGCUGCGGAGGAAGGUCCGGGAGCUGGCCGGCGCCGUGCGGAACGCCAAGUACCUGGUGGUCUACACCGGCGCGGGCAUCAGCACGGCAGCCUCUAUCCCAGAUUACCGGGGCCCUAAUGGAGUGUGGACUCUGCUUCAGAAAGGGAGAAGUGUUAGUGCUGCCGACCUGAGUGAGGCUGAGCCGACCCUCACCCACAUGAGCAUCGCCCGCUUACAUGAGCAAAAGCUGGUGCAGCACGUGGUGUCUCAGAACUGUGACGGGCUCCACCUGCGGAGUGGGCUGCCCCGCACGGCCAUCUCGGAGCUCCACGGGAACAUGUACAUCGAAGUGUGCACAGCCUGCACCCCCAACAGAGAGUACGUGAGAGUGUUCGAUGUGACCGAGCGCACCGCCCUGCACCGCCACCAGACGGGCCGGGCCUGCCACAAGUGCGGGGCCCAGCUCCGGGACACCAUCGUGCACUUCGGGGAGAGGGGGACCCUGGGGCAGCCUCUGAACUGGGAGGCAGCCACUCAGGCAGCCAGCAAAGCAGAUACAAUCCUGUGUUUAGGCUCCAGCUUAAAGGUCUUGAAGAAGUAUCCUCGUCUCUGGUGCAUGACCAAGCCCCCCAGCCGGCGGCCCAAGCUCUACAUCGUGAACUUGCAGUGGACCCCAAAGGAUGACUGGGCUGCCCUGAAGCUUCACGGAAAGUGUGAUGACGUCAUGCAGCUCCUCAUGGAUGAGCUGGGCCUGGAGAUCCCCCCCUAUAGCAGGUGGCAGGACCCCAUCUUCUCCCUGGCAACUCCCCUGCGUGCGGGUGAGGAAGGUAGCCACACUCGGAAGUCGCUGUGCAGAAGCCGAGAGGAGCCUCCGCCUGGAGACCGGGGUGCACCGCUCAGCUCAGCCCCGGUCCUAGGCGGCUGGUUUGGCAGGGGCUGCACUAAACGCACAAAAAGGAAGAAAGUGACGUAACCCGGUGCUGGACAAGAACAAAUGGCACUUUGCAGAUGUCAGAACUCGUAUUCAGGGGCGAGGCCGGGACUGCCCCCCAAGUCCCA